AUGUUUGGAAGUGGGUCCGGUAAUUUUGCAUCAAGUACUAAUUCUACAUCAGUAGGAUCCACCAUGAAAGGAUCAGGAAUAGUUACAGGACAUGAAGCUCCAGGAACUGUAAAGUCAUCUGCUUCAGGGAAUGUAAACAACCUGACUACUUCAAGUGGUAAAUCAACAACUAGACUUUUGAAAGAUUUGCUUGAAAGUGCCAACAAUCUUCCUAGAUUGAACAAUAAUGAUCUUGGAACCAUAAACCUCACACCCGAUGAAUUACAACGGAAGUCACAACAGUUAAUAAAAAAUAAAACUGACAAACCUAAUUUCACCAAAGCUCAUUACUUGUUAGCAUCAAGUGGUAUUAGUGCCGAAGAAAUUGAAAAUGAAUUGAAGUCCAUUGAACCAAUCUACACAAAUAAGAUAAUGAAACCUAAAACCGUAGGCAUUGAUCAGUUCUUGAAUUCUAAGAAAGAGGAAAAUAUUUUGAACACCAUCGAACAAUCAUUAAGUUUAGCAUCGCAAGAUUUUGAUGAAUAUAUCAACAAAACUAUCAAAAUUGACUGGAAGUUGAAAAGAAACGAAUUGAGAAAGAAUUUGUUGAAUAACAAAGAUUUGAAACUGGAAGAAAAGUCAAAAGUAGCCCCACUCAUCUGGAAAAAUGGAAAUUAUGAAGAAGACAAAAUGGUUAGAAAUUAUACUAGAGACAAAUUUGAAAAAUAUGCAACUGUCAUAUACAGACUAAAUGAGUCAAGGUUGAGUAAUGAAAGUUUUCCAAUCUUAAGCAGCUUCAAAGACAUGAACGAUGGUAAUUCUGAUUUAAAAUCAAAACAACUCACUGAAAUUUAUAAGAUUCUCAUGGAAUUGACCAAUGAAUCAGAAGCCAAAUUCAGUCAGGAACAAUCGUUCAAAGAUAACAGUAAGUUGGUAGUGAACAAGUCUAAAAACUUUUUACAGCAUCAAUUUUUCCAGUAUGUUGAGGAAAUCUAUAAUAAAGAAGAUAAUAAAGAAGAGUUCAAACCGUCUUCCAAUGUUAAUAAAAUCAGAUUUUUUAUCAAGAAGAUUAUUUUGAAAUCCAACGAUAACAUCUUGAAGGUAAACGGCUUGCCCAUCUGGACCAUCAUCUAUUAUUUAAUGAGAUCUGGACUUCAUAGCGAGGUCAUCAAAUUUGUCGAUGAUAAUAGCGAUGUUUUCAGCAAGUUUGACAAAAAUUUCCCCACAUACUUGAAAGAUUAUUUGAAAGACAAUAAAUUCAAAUUGAGUCCCAACUUACACGAGAGAAUCAAUAAGGAAUUCAACCAACAAUUCUCAAUGGUUGAAGAUUUCAAGAAAAUUGAUCCUUACAAAUAUUGUAUCUACAAGAUCAUCGGAAAGUGUGAUUUAUCCAAGAAGAAUUUACCUGCCAUAAUUAACUUGACCAUUGAGGACUGGUUGUGGUUCCAUUUGUCUAUUAUCAACGAGGAUAGUGACAAAGAUAACGAUUUAAUUUUCGAAAAUUAUCGCUUAUCAAAUUUACAGAAACAAAUUAUUUCAAUUGGUUUAAACAAACUUAACAACUCAUCAAAUAACCCUAUGUACUUGAAAUGUUUAGUAUUGGUGGGAUUGUAUGAAUUGGCCAUCAAAUAUGUCUAUGAGUUCAUCAAUGAAAUCGAUGGUGUACAUUUAUGCAUUGCUUUGAAUUAUUAUGGAUUGAUUAAAGUAAGCACUACUGCAACAAAAGAAUUGAUCAAUUUAAAUUUUAAAACCAACAAUUAUGAAGUGUCUUUCGGCAAAAUGAUGACAUUAUUCAUUAGAAGUUUCAAGAUUAGCGAUCCAAAAAUUGCUUGUCAGUACCUCAUUCUCAUUGCAUUAUCAUUCAACGGUGAAUCCAUUGAGGAAAUCAAAAAUUGUCACGAAAACUUGAUUGAUUUGAUUGUCAUUUCAAGAGAUUUCAAUUCAUUAUUGGGAAAAUUGAAUCAUGAUAAUGGUGAAAUCAUUCCAGGGUUAUUAUUCAAUCAAAGAUCUUUGAUCAAAUUAUCAGAUGUGGAUGAAUUCAAUUACAAAAUCAUUGAAGUUUCAGGAAAGAAGUGUGAAGAAGAGGGAAGAAUAUUUGAUUGUAUCUUACUUUAUCAGUUAUGCCAAAAUUUCGACAAAGUAUUAUUAAUUAUCAACAAACUAUUAAGUGAAUUAAUUUCCACCACUGAUUUCUCCAAAUCAUUGAAGUCUGGCGAUAAUGAGACCUACGAAAAUAAUAUCGUUUUGUUGUCUCAACAUAUAAACUCCAUUUUCAACAAUGCUAGCAUUCUUAGCAAGAUCAACAAAGCUAAUAAAUUUACUACAGAUUUGUUAAUAUCGAUCGUCAACAUCAGGGAGAGCUUCAUCAAUAAAAAAUUUAAUAGUUUACUAUUGGAAAUUGAAAAUUUAAACUUGUUGCCUAUAAAUGUUAAUGAUGAUUUGAUCAAAAUCAGAUCAUUAUCAGAAUUUAUUCAAAAUUCCUUGGAUAACAAUAUCUUGAAAGUCAUUCCUUGUUUAUUGAUCAUGGUGAUGUCCUCAAUUUCUCAAUUGAACAACCAGUCUUUGUCUUCAAAUUUCAAGAGUUUGUCGAACGAAACAGAUGAGAUCAGCAGGUUGAAAAUUAUUGCAAAGAACUGUAUGAUCUUUGCUGGUAUGAUACAAUAUAAAAUGCCCAGGGAGACAUACAGCUUAUUAGUUCAAUUAGAAUCCCAAUUAUGA